CGGGUGCUUCUGGCAGAGGACAAUUUGAUAAACCAGACGGUGGCGAAGAAGAUGCUGACGGUGCUGGGCCUGGUCUGCGAGGUGGCCUGCAACGGGCAGGAGGGCGUCGACGCCGUCAAGCGCGGCGCGGCCGACGGCCGGCCCUUCGACUGCGUGCUCAUGGACAUGGCCAUGCCCAUCAUGGGGGGCGUCGAGGCCGCCCGGGUGCUGCGGCGGCUGGGGUACACGCUGCCGAUUGUGGCGAUGACGGCCAACGCGAGCGACCGCGACCGCGACGAGUGCCUGAAUGCCGGCAUGGACGGCUUCCUGUCCAAGCCCGUGCUCAAGAAUCGGCUCGCCGAGGCCAUCGUGCAGGUCAUCUCCGGCCGCGCGCGCUACAAAGACGCCAGCGUCGCGCUCGCCCCCCUCAAGGCCCUCUGA